UGCGGUGGAGCAGGGAGCGACUGGGACGUUGAGAGAAGAAAGAACCAAGUCAGAGCGAGAUCUAAUUUACAGGAUCCUAACCCUAAAAAAGACGCACCAGAAAGACGCAGCAAAUUACGCACGGUUUCCAGUUUGGAUGCGUCUGCUUCAGACUUUUAUUGCCUCUUUGGAAAUGUAGUUGCAUUCUUGAGAAAAAAAUCUCAAGAAGGCAUUUGUUGUUAGUAGUUGAUGAGAGAAGUGAGAGCCGUUGAGGCUCCGUUUCCUGUUUGCCAGUGCGCUGCAGCUGGGCUGAAGAAGCCCCGCAGGGCUGACUGAACACCGGUCCUCCUUCCCCGCUUCAAACCACAGCCAGUCCGCUGCCUGUCCGCUGCGAAAACUCGCUGGAAAAAAAAAAUGUGCGACCUGAUGCCAGUCUCCCAGCCCCCGGAGAAAAUCGGCAAAAUGAAAAAGUUGAGGAGAACUUUGUCCGAGAGUUUCAGGAGUAUCGCUUUCAAGAAAGAGGACAGCGGCUUUGAUGAGAUAUGUGUCACAAAGAUGUCCACACGCAGCUGCCAGGGAACAGACUCAGUCAUCAAGCCCCUGGACACCAUCCCUGAGGACAAGAAGGUGAGAGUGCAGCGCACGCAGAGCGGCUUCGACCCGUUUGAGAAGCCCACCAGCCAGGUGAAGAGGGUCCACUCUGAGAACAAUGCCUGCAUCAAUGCCAAGGGGUCGUCCGCCGGCAAGGAGUCGCCCAAACUGCGCCGACACUCCAGCCCUAGUUCUCCUACAAGCCCCAAGUUUGGGAAGGCAGAUUCCUAUGAGAAGCUGGAGAAACUGGGCGAGGGUUCAUAUGCUACAGUUUACAAAGGAAAGAGCAAGGUGAAUGGGAAACUGGUGGCUCUGAAGGUGAUUCGUCUGCAGGAGGAGGAAGGGACGCCCUUCACAGCCAUAAGAGAAGCAUCUCUUCUGAAAGGCCUGAAGCAUGCAAAUAUUGUGCUCCUCCAUGACAUCAUCCACACCAAGGAAACCCUGACUCUGGUCUUUGAAUAUGUGCACACCGACCUGUGUCAGUACAUGGACAAACACCCUGGGGGUCUCCAUCCAGACAAUGUGAAGCUGUUCCUGUUCCAGUUACUGAGAGGCCUGUCCUACAUCCACCAGAGGUACAUCCUUCAUCGCGACCUGAAACCACAAAACCUGCUCAUCAGCGACACUGGAGAGCUCAAGCUUGCUGACUUUGGCCUGGCCAGGGCCAAGUCCGUCCCCAGCCAUACCUACUCCAACGAGGUGGUGACCCUAUGGUACAGGCCUCCAGAUGUCCUGCUGGGAUCCACAGACUACUCCACCUGCCUGGACAUGUGGGGAGUGGGCUGCAUUUUCAUUGAGAUGAUCCAAGGAGUGGCUGCCUUUCCUGGGAUGAAGGACAUCCAGGACCAGCUGGAGAGGAUAUUCCUGGUGCUCGGCACCCCAUCUGAGGAUACCUGGCCAGGUGUUAAUUCUUUGCCUCACUUCAAACCAGACCGCUUUACAGUGUACAGCGCUAAGAAGCUCAGACAAGCGUGGAAUAAGUUGGGCUAUGUGGACCACGCUGAAGAGUUGGCUUCCAGGUUCCUCCAGUGCUUCCCAAAGAACCGGCUGUCGGCCCAGGCAGCGCUGAACCACGAAUACUUCAGCAACCUUCCUCCACGGCUCUGGGAGCUGCAAGACAUGUCUUCUAUCUUCACCGUACCAAAUGUCAAGCUGCAGACUGAGAGCGGGGACAGCAUACAGGUGUGCGCACGAAGGAACAGUCAUGGAAAGGCAUCCUCUGGCAGCAAACACUGACCUGAGGCAGCAUCCUGCACAUGAUUGCCUGACAGGUGGCUGUUGUAAAAAAAAAAAAACAGAUGAAGACAAAGAUGCUGAGAUGGAGGAUCCAGACGAAUGGAAGAGCCCCAGUUCUCUUUAUUUAUUACCUUCACAAUAUGUGUGUGUGUGUGUGUGUGUGUGUGUGUGUGUGUGUGUGUGUG